AUGAAGAACAUCAUCGAUUUUCAUAAGAAAGCUGUUUAUGAAUUUGUUCCUGCGGAUGUAGACGAGUGUACCGCCAAUACCCACAACUGCGACAUUAAUGCCAAGUGCAACAAUACCGAAGGUUCUUUCAACUGCAGCUGCAAGGUUGGGUUUAGUGGCGAUGGCAAAAAAUGCACAGCUUUCAAGGCCGUAUUUACAAACCUCAACGCCGGUGGAAGAAUUGGACCAAUAACGCUGGGCAAUCACUACACAGGACAGGAUCAUGACGGACAAGUUACGCUGUCCAGCGGUGUUCAGCAGUGGACUGUGCCGUACACUGGUGACUACAGAAUAAAAGCAAUGGCAGCCGCAGGAGGGUAUGAUGGACGCCCUAACAGUACUCAGUACCGAGGAAGAGGAGCAAGAAUGGUUGGAACGUUCCGCUUAAACAAGGGUGAAGUCAUUCAGAUAGUUGUUGGUCAAGAAGGAGGAAUAAACACGAACUAUUACUCUUCUGGAGGUGGUGGAGGAACGUUUGUGGUGAGAGGAGCCAACACACCUUUGAUAAUAGCUGGAGGCGGAGGAGGCGUAAAUGGGGCUGACACAAGACACGAAGGAUGUGACGCCAGCACGAACACAACAGGGAAUCCUGGAUACAAAUCAUGGUCAGGGGGCAGCAAGGGACAUGGUGCACAGACUGCCGAUGAUCAUGGUUCAGGUGGUGGUGGUGGCGGGUUUUACUCCAGUGGAAGAAGUGGAAAGAAUUUUAAUGGAACCAAAGGAUUUGGUGGAGAAGGUGGUAAGGGAUUUAUUCAGGGAGGGGUGGGUGGAAGAGCCAGGUAUAACGAUGUAGAUGGUGGGUUUGGUGGAGGUGGUGGAGGUGAUGGAGUGAGAGGAGGAGGAGGAGGACGAGGAUACUCUGGGGGAAGCAGUGGAAAUAGUCGUGAUGACACCUGUGGGGGUGGGGGAGGCUCUUACAACGAUGGAAACAGCCAGGACAAUGAAUGUUGUUACAACAAUGCUGGUCAUGGUCAAGUGACUAUUACGUUCCUGGAGUAAAAAAAGUUUAUCUAAUGUGAUAAUGGCACUUAGUAUUGAGCUUUCAUUGAUUGACAUUCUAAUUGACUGAUAGCACUCAGUUAAAAUGCCAAAUAAGAUGUAACUGUUUAAAUUUUUAACCCUCUGUGAAACACGAAAGUCACCCACCUUAUUUUUGAUUUGGUUUACUUUUAGCCAUAAUUUCUUUCGGUCAUCUACUACAUUAACUGAGCUCGUUGCUUUUUUUUUUGUCAAAAAGUCAAAUAGGGUUCUAAAACUUGAGAUAACGAAAAACUUUUUUUUUUCAGAAAUCGAGUCUCACUCGUUUUACUUUUUCACCAGGGUCUUAAGGAAAGAUCACAUUAUCACACAAACCAAUCAUCACACUGUGCAACCUAUAACUAUGAUUAUAUCUUUUGGAAGCUUAGGAUUUAGUUUUGCCUGUUCUUUCAUAUCAAUCCUUUGAUACGAAUCUUCACUGACCUUCUUUUACCGAUGUUCAUUGAGAUCAGGGAAGAUUUUGAGAUCAAACAGUAAAGACGCCUAUUACACUGUAACAGUCUGGAAUCAGUAUGACUUUUCGAACUUAGCACUAAUCUUAACAUCGAGAAUGUGUUCUCAAAUGAUGAAGACUAACACGAGGGGAUAAUGAUACGCACGAGUUUUUCAAAGUUGAUAUAUCUCCC